AUGGCAGCCGGGGCGACCGACGCGGGGCCGGGGGUCGCCAUCCCCGUGGAGCUGCGGCGCGGGCAGCGCAUGGUGUGCGUGGAGUACCCGGGCGUGGUGCGCGACGUGUCCAAGAUGCUGUCCACCCUGGGCGGCGAGGAAGGCGUUUCUCGGAUCUAUGGGGACCCCACCAAGAGGCUGGAGCUCUACUUCCGGCCCAAGGACCCCUACUGCCACCCCGUGUGUGCCAACCGCUUCAGUACCAGCAGCCUGCUGCUCCGGGUCAGGAGGAAGACGAAGCGGCAGGAGGGGCUGCCGGGGCCCGAGGCCCGCCCCCAGGUCACGUUUGACGUGGAGAUCCUUGGCACCGUCCCCACCAUUUACAGAUUCCAAGGAAUGUCCGACUUCCAGUACUUGGCUGUGCACACGGACGCGGGUGGCGCGCACAAGUCCAUGUACGACAAGGUGCUCAUGGUCAGGCCCGAGAGGGAGGACUUCUUCCACCAGGAGCUGCCGCUCUACAUCCCCCCGCCCAUCUUCUCCCGGCUGGACACCCCGGCGGACUACUACUACCGCCCGGAGACACAGCACCGGGAAGGCUACAACAACCCCCCCAUCUCAGGCGAGAAUCUGAUCGGCCUGAGCAGGGCCCGGCGCCUCCACAACGCCAUCUUCGUCAACUUCGAGGGGGACGAGGUGCCCGAGCAGCCGAUGGAGGCUGCAGUGCAGACCUGGAGGAGGAUCUGCACCAACCCCAUGGACCGCAAGGUGGAGGAGGAGCUGAGGAAGCUGUUCGACAUCCGUCCCAUCUGGUCACGCAACGCCGUCAGAGCCAAGAUCAGCGUCCACCCUGACAAGCUCAAGGUCCUGCUGCCCUUCAUGGCCUAUUACAUGAUAACGGGUCCCUGGAGAAGCCUGUGGAUCCGAUUCGGGUACGACCCCCGAAAGCACCCGGAAGCCAAGAUCUACCAAGUCCUUGAUUUCCGGAUCCGCUGUGGAAUGAAGUCUGGGUACACCUCCAACGAGAUGCCCGUGAAGGCCAAGCGCAGCACCUACAACUACAGCCUCCCCAUCACCGUCAAGAAGUCGUCCAACCAGCCUGUCACCAUGCAAGACCUGAAGCAGGGCCUGGACCCAUCCGGGGCAGCUGGCAUGCAGAAACUGGCCUCCAACAAGUACAAGUUCAAGGACUCGGUUUACAUCUUCCGGGAGGGCGCCUUGCCGCCGUACCGACAGAUGUUCUACCAGCUGUGCGACCUCAGCGUGGAAGAGUUGCAGAAGAUCAUUCACCGCAACGACGGGGCCGAGGAGAGCUGCACCGAGCGGGACGGGUGGUGCCUGCCCAAGACCAGCGACGACCUGCGCAACGCCAUGUCCCUCAUGAUCCGGCAGAUCAUCCGCGCCCGGAGGCCUGCCCUCUUCUCCAGCCCGGCCAAGACUGACGGCGAGGGAAGGAAGGAGCAGCUGACGGGCGAGUCUGGGGAGGAGGAGGAGGAGGAGGAAGAGGAGGAGGACUUCAAGCCGUCGGACGGGAGUGAGAACGAGAUGGAGACCGAGAUCCUGGACUAUGUGUGA